AUGAAUGUGCUUAUUUUUGUUAAUGGUGGCUUUUUGUUUGUUUGUUUUGUUUUAAGGUUUUUGGAUUCAAAGCAUAAAAACCAUUACAAGAUAUACAAUCUGUGUGCUGAAAGACAUUAUGAUACCGCCAAAUUUAACUGCAGAGUUGCACAGUAUCCUUUUGAAGACCAUAACCCACCGCAGCUGGAACUUAUCAAACCCUUUUGUGAAGAUCUUGACCAAUGGCUCAGUGAAGAUGACAAUCAUGUUGCAGCAAUUCACUGUAAAGCUGGAAAGGGACGAACUGGUGUAAUGAUUUGUGCAUAUUUAUUGCAUCGGGGCAAAUUUUUAAAGGCACAAGAGGCCCUAGAUUUCUAUGGGGAAGUAAGGACCAGAGACAAAAAGGGAGUAACUAUUCCCAGUCAGAGGCGCUAUGUUUAUUAUUAUAGCUACCUGUUAAAGAAUCAUCUGGAUUAUAGACCAGUGGCACUGUUGUUUCACAAGAUGAUGUUUGAAACUAUUCCAAUGUUCAGUGGCGGAACUUGCAAUCCUCAGUUUGUGGUCUGCCAGCUCAAGGUGAAGAUCUAUUCCUCCAAUUCGGGACCCACACGACGGGAAGACAAGUUCAUGUACUUCGAGUUCCCUCAGCCGCUGCCUGUGUGUGGUGACAUCAAAGUAGAGUUCUUCCACAAACAGAACAAGAUGCUAAAAAAGGACAAAAUGUUUCACUUUUGGGUAAAUACAUUCUUCAUACCAGGACCAGAGGAAACCUCAGAAAAAGUAGAAAAUGGAAGUCUAUGUGAUCAAGAAAUUGAUAGUAUUUGCAGUAUAGAGCGUGCAGAUAAUGACAAGGAAUAUCUAGUACUCACUUUAACAAAAAAUGAUCUCGACAAAGCAAAUAAAGACAAGGCCAACCGCUACUUUUCUCCAAAUUUUAAGGUGAAGCUGUACUUCACAAAAACAGUAGAGGAGCCAUCAAAUCCAGAGGCUAGCAGUUCAACUUCUGUAACACCAGAUGUUAGUGACAAUGAACCUGAUCAUUAUAGAUAUUCUGACACCACUGACUCUGAUCCAGAGAAUGAACCUUUUGAUGAAGAUCAGCAUACACAAAUUACAAAAGUCUGAAUUUUUUUUUUUUUAUCAAGAGGGAUAAAACACCAUGAAAACAAACUUGAAUAAACUGAAAUUGGACCUUUUUUUUUUAAUGGCAAUAGGACAUUGUGUCAGAUUACCAGUUAAUAGGAACAAUUCUCUUUUCCUGACCAAUCUUGUUUUACCCUAUACAUCCACAGGGUUUUGACACUUGUUGUCCAGUUGAAAAAAGGUUGUGUAGCUGUGUCAUGUAUAUACCUUUUUGUGUCAAAAGGACAUUUAAAAUUCAAUUAGGAUAAAUAAAGAUGGCACUUUCCCAUUUUAUUCCAGUUUUAUAAAAAGUGGAGACAGACUGAUGUGUAUACGUAGGAAUUUCUCAUUUUGUGUUCUGUCACCAACUGAAGUGGCUAAAGAGUUUUGUGACAUACAGGUUCACAUCCUACCCCUCUGCACUUGUGGCAACAGAGAAGUUUGCAGUUGGCUAAGAGGAGUUUCUCGAGGGUUCCGCUACAUUCUCAUGCAUGUGUUCGGGUCGGGGAUGGAGAGGGAGUGCUCAGAAAGGGAUGGGUUUCACGCUGGACUCUGGACCGUAUGCCGUCUCCAGCUAUUUCCACGCACCUUUCUUUAGCAUGCUACAGUUAUUAAUCUGGACGUUUGAGGAAUUGGCCGCUGUCACUGCUUGUUGUUUUGUGCAUUUUUUUUUUUUUUUUUUUAAGCAUAUUGGUGCUAGAAAAGGCAGCUAGAGGGAGUGAAUCUGUAUUGGGGUACAGGAAUGAACCUUCCACAACUUGUUAAGAAUCCACAAAUGAAGGGAUAUAAAAAUAAUGUGGUCAUAGAUAAGAAACACAGCAACAAUGACUUAACCAUAUAAAUGUGGAGGCUAUCGACACAGAAUGGGCUUGAAACAUUUUAAAAAUUGACAAUGACUUAUUAAAUAUGUUUUCUCACUUGUAGUGACCGCUCCAUCUCCUGUGUAAUCAAGGCCAGUGCGAAAAGUCAGAUGCUAUUAGUACCUACAUCAGUCGACUGCAUACACUUACGUUAUUAGUUUUCAAUCAUAUACCUGCUGUGGAUGCUUCAUGUGCUGCCUGCAAGCUGCUUUUUUUCUCAUUGAAUAUAAAAUAUUUUGUAAUGCUGCACAGGAAAUUUCAAUUUGAGAUUCUACAGUAAGCGUUUUUUUUCUUUAAAGAUUUAUGAUGCACUUAUUCAAUCCGAUAGCUGUCAGCCGUCCCACCCUUUUGACCUUACACAUUCUAUUACAAUGAGUUUUGCAGUUUUGCACAUUUUUUAAAUGUCAUUAACUGUUAGGGAAUUUUACUUGAAUACUGAAUACAUAUAAUGUUUAUAUUUAAAAGGACAUUAUUUGUGUUAAAAAGGAAAUUAGAGUUGCAGUAAAUUUUCAACACUGCACAAAUAAUAAGGCAUUUACUUCUUCAGUAGAAAUUGUCCCACAUAAUGCUUUUAUCGAUUUUUAUUGAAAGAAUAGAUUUUUUUUCUUUUAAUGUGCAGUGUUGAAUCAUUUCUUCAUAGUGCUAGAGUUAGGACUAGGGCUUCAAUUUCACUUCUUAAAUAUCAUAUAUUUGAUAUGCCCAGACUGCAUAUGAUUUUAAGCAGAAUACAACUACUAUUGUAAAGCUAAUGUGAAGAUGUUAUUAAAAAGAAGUCCCCCCCACCCCCGAAAUUUGGUGUCUUUCAAAUUCUACCCUGACCUUGAAACAUUGAAAUAUCCAGCCAGUUGAUUUCUUAAUGGUGUAAAAUCUCAUUUUCAAUAACUUCUUGGUGCUGAAAUUGUUCACUAGCUGUGGUCUGACCCUAGUUAAUUUACAAAUACAGAUUGCAUUAGGACCUAUUAGAGCAGCAUUUUUAGAGUUUGAUGGUGAACAGAUUAGGCAGAACUUCAUCAAAAAUAUUCUUGGUAUAUAUAAUGUUGACAUGUUUUCCAUACCUCAUCAGUUUCAUUCAACGAAUAAAAAAUUUUUAAAUUUUUAACAAAGCUCUUAGGAUUUACACAUUUGUAUUGAAACAUUGAUAUACAGAGAACUGAUUGCUCACCAGUUAAAUUGGUAAAGUUAGAGACAACUGUUGCUAAGAUCUCAGCAUUGAAAUUUAUAUGCCACCUUUUCUUUCGUAAAAGCUGAAAAUUGUUGACUAAAAUGAAAAUCAACUAUUCAUGUUUUGAUGAUAGUUAUUAAUACUGUUAUUUGUUACACUUUUGGGCACAGUAUAUAUUAAAACAUAACUUGUGUUGUUCCAAUAUGUAACAUGGAGGGCCAGGUCAUAAAUAAUGACGUUAUAAUGGGCUUUUGCACUGUUAUUAUCUUUCCUUUGGAAUGUGAAGGUCUGAAUGAGGGUUUUGAUUUUGAAUGUUUCAAUGUUUUUGAGAAGCCUUGCUUACAUUUUAUGGUGUAGUCAUUGGAAAUGGAAAAAUGGCAUUAUAUAUAUAUAUAUUAUAUAUAUAAAUAUAUAUUAUACAUACUACUCCCCUUUAUUUCAGUUACCAUCCCCAUAGAAUUUGACAAGAAUUGCUAUGACUGAAAGGUUUUUGAGUCCUAAUUAAAACUUUAUUUAUGACAGUAUUCAUAAUUAGCCUGAAAUGCAUUCUGUAGGUAAUCUCUUUGAGUUUCUGGAAUGUUUUCUUACUUAGACUCUUUGGAUGUGCAGCCGCUUACAUGUCUGAAGUUACUUGAAGGCAUCACUUUUAAGAAAGCUUACAAUUGGGCCCUGUACCAUCACAAGUCCUCUGUAGCUCCUCUUGAACAUUUUUUUUUGCCAUAAUUAUUAAGGCGUAGUUGAAGAAGUAGCAUCACCAUUCUUUGCUGUGGCACAGGUUAUAAACUUAAGUGGAGUUUACCGGCAGCAUCAGAUGUUUCAGCUUUAAAAAGUAAAAGUAGGGUACAAGUUACAUGUUUAGUUCUAGAAAAUUUGUGCAAUAUGUUCAUAACGAUGGCUGUGGUUGCCACAAAGUGCCUCGUUUACCUUUAAAUACUGUCAAUGUGUCGUGCAUGCGGACGGAGGGGUGGAACUGUGCACCGGAGGGCUCGAACUGCAGUGUCUGGCCCAGCUGCCUUCUACCCUGCCAGUUCAGAAGUUCAAUCUGUUUUCAUAUCGAUUAUAUAUACUAAAAAAUUUCAGUCUGUUAAACAGCCUCACUCCGAUUCAGCCUCUUCAGAUACUCUUGUGCUGUGCAGCAGUGGCUCUGUGUGUAAAUGCUAUGCACUGAGGAUACACAAAAAAAUACGACGUGUACAGGAUAAUGCCUCAUACCAAUCAGAUGUCCAUUUGUUAUUGUGUUUGUUAACAACCCUUUAUCUCUUAGUGUUAUAAACUCCACUUAAAACUGAUUAAAGUCUCAUUCUUGUCA